GCGGAUUAGGUCGGCGUAGAGGAUCUCCCCUGGAACCGUCGAAGCUCGUGUGUCCCAUCUCGUGUCGCCGGGGACGACGGCGCGGACGAACGCGAGUCGUUGCAGAUGCCGGCCUCAGAACGCCACCGACGAUGCCCUUCCUUCCGGCGUGGUCUUCCCUCCGCAGUGGCUACCCAAGCUGGGAACUCCGUGGGUCGUUAUCAUGAUCCACGUGUGGUUGGGAUUGCAUUUGCUGAACAAUAUUGUAGAAUUCUGAAUACGUCACCAGAGGAUUCCCAUAAGUUCUAUCAUGAUGAAAGUAUUGUUGGUCGACCAGGUUUUGAUGGUCAAAUGACAUCUAUAACCACUAGACGUGCUAUCAAGGAAUACUUUUUAUCUACAGAACUCAAGGGAUGUUCGACGGAGUUGGAGAAUGUGUAUGCUCAGCCAUCGCAUGGGGAUGGUGUGUUUGUUGUGAUUACUGGAUCUUUUACUAUGCCUAAUACGGUGAAGCGUAGAUUUACUCAGUCAUUUUUCCUGGCUCCACAAGAAACCGGAGGCUAUUUUGUUUUGAAUGACGUGCUUAGUUAUAUUCGAGCUGAGCCAGAAAUACCUUCUCUCAAGGAGAGAAUGGGCACUCAACAAAGGUUUCGCCAGGGUGACAAUGAAGAUAAUACCGUACAAAAUGGCAGUGGUGACGACUCGUCUGGUGAAAUGGGAGACAGGCAAUUAUGUGUCAUAUGCUUAAAGGACAGAAGGAAUGCAGCCUUUGUUCCUUGUGGUCAUCUCGUCUGCUGCUGCAGCUGUGCAAAAAGAGUCGAACUCAAGGAUGAACCAUUGUGCCCUGUGUGUAGGCAAGACAUCCAGUACGUGCUUAGGGUCUAUGAGUCUUGAGGUAGUUGAAAGACUUUAUUCUGCCGGAGGUUUGACUCAUCACUCAUGACCUUCGGGUCUCAUGGGCACAGAGCUUGCUGAAGUCGUAAAUCAAUAUGUACAUAGAAUAUUUCCACAAACGAUGGUCUUGGAUAACCAGAGUUGAUUGUUUCGACGGUGGA